AUGGCUAUUGACAUCAGUAGAAGUUCCAUCCCUCUGUUCCAGUCGCGGGACCGGCUGGAGCUUCUCAAUGACAUCGAUAAAUUCCGCCAACGUGGCCUCGCCAACCUUCCUCAGAUCGUCGUGUGUGGCGACACCAGUAGCGGGAAAUCGUCCGUACUAGGAGCAUUAUCCGGAAUUCCAUUCCCAGUCGACAGCACGAUCUGUACAAAAUUCGCCACAGAAAUUGCCCUUCGGUAUUCUUCCGAUGAGACUGUAACAGGAGAGGCAACUAUCAAUCCUGGACCAAGUUCCUCCGAAGACCAACAAGCGCGCACUGCAUCAUUCCGGAGGGCAGUUACAAGCCUCGAUGCGAUUCCGGUCAUCUUGCGAGAGGCCGAGGAAGUGAUGGGAGUUAGUGGAACUGAGGGAAUCAGCCGGGAUGUGUUGCGUUUGAAACUCCGCGGUCGGCCGUUACCAAAUCUCACUUUGGUGGACCUGCCAGGCCUCAUACAUUCUGCUGAGGAUCGGGAUGACUUAGCCAAGGUAAAAGACCUUAUCAAACACUAUUUCGAGCAGAAAGAGAGCUUGAUCAUGGUAAUCGUCUCUGCCGAAAACCCGAUUAACGGCCAAGGGCUCCUGACUUUAUCCCAAGAGUUCGAUCCCAAGGGCGAGCGUUGCAUCGGGGUUAUCACCAAGCCAGAUACCCUCCAACACCGAGGAAAAGCUGCCAAGAUCCUAGAACUUGCACGGAACAAAAACCCCGCGUUCAACUACAAACGUGACUGGCAAAUCGUGAGGUGCCUGACAGAUGAUGAGCGCCAAAGGGGCGCCGAUAGAGAUAGGAUUGAGUCAGACUUAUUGUCCCGGGAGCCGUGGGACAGCUUCGACAAAAAAAGACUUGGAACAAAAUCACUGCGCUCCGCUUUAUGCGAAUACCUGGAGGAACAUAUUCUGCACCUCUUACCCGAGCUUGUCAACUCUGUAGAAGAGGAGACCGCCUCAGUGAAGUUGUCUCUUCACGAACUAGGGCCUCAUCGAACGACCCCUGACGAACGGAGGCAAUAUCUCAUCCGAAUUAGCAGACGGUAUGUGCAGCUCGUCCAAGCUGCCUUGAAUGGCGACUACUCCGACUCCUUCUUUGGCGAUGGUGUUCCUGCCAAAAGACUUAGAGCAAAAACGAUGGCUCUUACUGAUGAAUUCGAACAUACAAUGCUCACGCGGGGUCACGUAUUUGAAGUUGCAGAUGUUACAUCUUCUCAACCAGCGUCCUAUUGUGAGCCCCAGCGCAUAGCCUUGGCCGAUGCUCUCGUCAAAGUUGGAAAGCUCAUGGAAGGCUAUCGUGGCCCGGAGUUACCGCUGCUCUUCAACCCACGUUUGGUUAGGGAAUUAUUCAAAGAGCAGUCCCAAAAUUGGCCGACAUUCGCCUCUAAGUAUACCGCCGACAUUUGUCGUGCUGUUCAAGUAUUCCUCCGCAAGGUCAUGGAUUCUAUCUGCCCUUCGACCGGACGCGUUGGGGAGUUGAUACUCCGCGAAGUCUUUCAAGAUGCCAUUCAAAACCAUCGAGACGAAUUGAAUAACAAGGUUCUCGAGCUGUUCACGCCACACACUGGUUCUUUUCUAUACUCGAUGAGGGAUCGACUACAGGCGAGUUUGGAGAAUGUACGAAGGCAAAAUGGAAUAUGGGGUGAUGCCAGUGUUGCGACAAGCGAUAAACCAUCCCCCUUUCCCAGUAAUGUUCAAGACACCGGCUCUAAUGAAGAUCCUCGCUUGACUGCUCUUCAGCUCUCAAUGGCAUACUAUAGCGUCGCUCUUGAGACCUUCGUCGAUAACGUGGUGGUGCUCGGGGUUGAGUCCUGCCUCCUCUCAAAACUUGAGGAAAUGUUCUCCCCAGAGACUGUGGCAGAGAUGCAAGACGAUAAGCUACAGUUACUCGGGGGCGAAACUCCAGAAAUUAUUUCUAAACGCAGAAACCUUGAGGCGCGCCUGAGAACACUCGAGGAGGCGUUGAAGAACUUUCGAAGGCACGCAAGCCGAGAAUUCGGGCUUGAGUUUGAAGGAGCACCAGGAGCACCCCCAAGACCGGUCUCAGAACCACCACGGAGUAGUUCCACAGGGAACGACCGACCUGAAUCCCUGUCUUCAAAGCAUGCUAGCGUCGAUGCAACCCCGGUCUCUGGAAAUGCAGCCUCAAUGGUACAUUCCCUAACACCGCAGCCACAGCCAUUAACCAACUUUGCCACUACGCCCAAAAAUGAGUUACCAUCAAACCAGAAAUUCGGCAGCAAUAUGUCGGGCACUCCAAUUACUGAUGUCAAGAACGGCUCACCGGCCCAGACUAGCCCCUUGCCUAAGCAGAAGAUUUCUCAACCUCCAGUAACGAAGAUAUCACCUGGGACUGUUGCAAACGACAAACUAUACACGCCUAAGGCUCUCAUAGGGGACGUUGGAACGUCAGCCACCACAUCAACGGCAAAGGAAUCAUUUCCUACUAAGACAAUGACAGCAUCCUUCGGUGGAUUCGGCCCCCCUAUAGGCGGACAGGGCUCCACUACGGGUGAAUUCACGUUUGGCCCUCCUGCAAGCGGGUUCACUUUGAGCUCAGCUACGAAGAAAAAAGAUCCAGAAGGAAGAAACUCAAGCUCCCCAGGCUCAUCUGUAACGCAGGACAAGCUAUCACAUCUGUUCGGUAAGUUCAUCUUCAACAGAUAA